GUAAUCUACAACACUUAAUCUACAACACUGGCUGAAACCAGUUGCAGUUUACAGCCAAGAGUUCAACCAGGGACUGUGUAAUUCAGAACUGGUUUUUUUAGCUGCAAUUUCCCUCACUGCUGGGCAAGAGCAGCAGAGUCAGACAGUGCAUGUGCCGAGAAGUUUGUUUAAAAGUUCCCCCUCUGCCUCCGUACACUAAAGAACGCUAGAGACACGCUGUUUAAGGGGAGAAUCUGGCAAGAGGCACAGCAAGCUCCAGCCAUGGCUAAGAGUGGUAUUAUUAAUGAAAUAGAGAAAUAUUUCGAUGAUGUUAAAGGCAAGGAAUCUGAAGAGCUGCUGUUCUCCUACAAGGGGGUGCUGUACCCUAUUGGACUGUGCAGUGCUGAGACCUUCCAAGCGCUGGACUCCAUAGAAUUUAGACAAGACGAUGUGUUCCUAGCGGCUUAUCCUAAAUCCGGAACUAAUUGGACUCAACACAUUUUAAAUGACUUGAUAAAUGCACUACCAAAUAAUAAGGAAGUAUCACAAUUAGAACAUAUCCAUGUGCUUGAAUUUGCAGCUUCAGAAAAAUUUCAGAAAAUAAAAAAUGCACCUUCUCCACGUCUCUUUUCCACGCAUCUCCAUUAUGAUGAUAUUCCCAAGGCUGUCUUUGAGAAUAAGGUGAAGGUACUGGUGGUAUUUCGAAAUCCAAAAGAUGUAGCUGUAUCCUAUUACCACUUCUACAACAAAAAUCCUGGGCUUCCAAAUGUCAGCUCCUGGGAUGAGUUCUUUCAGAAAUUCAUGAGUGGAGCAGUCACCUGGAGUUCAUAUUUUGACCAUGCUCUUUCCUGGAACAACCACAUGGAUGAAGAGAAUAUCAUGAUCAUCACAUAUGAAGAAAUGAAAGAGAACUUACCGGGAGAAGUGAAACAAAUAGCUGAAUUUUUGGGGUUCUCUCUGCCUGAGGAGAAGAUUCAGUCUAUUGCAGAGAAUGCCACAUUUGAAUCAAUGAGCAACAAAUCCCAAGAAACACAUGGCAUAUUAGCUCCCAUGGUUUUCAGAAAAGGUGAUGUUGGUGAUUGGAAGAAUCUCUUCACUGAAGCUCAGAGCCAGGAAAUGGAUGCCAAAUUUAAAGAGUGUUUAGCUGGAACUAAACUGGGAGCAAAGCUAAAAUAUGAUAAAUACUGCAAAUACUAAAUCUUAACUUCAUUCUGAUGCUACAUCAUCACCUAUUUCACUUCCUUUCACAUUUGAGAAUGCAUAGAUUAAAACAAUUUAGAUCUUCACAAAAUAAAGAAAUCAUGAGAACCUA